AUGGCCUUUUUGGAACUUAGGGUUGCUGGCGAGGGGUCACUCGCGGAGGCCGGACCGAACCGCGGAGUCGCGCACUCGAGAAUGACGGAUAUACAAUGGCACCAGCGGGCGCCCAACCCGAACAAUCCAGUGGUGUUUUUCGACGUCACCAUCGGAGGCGCGGACGUCGGCAGGAUCAAGAUGGAGCUGUUCGCCGACGUCGCGCCCAAGACGUGCGAGAACUUCCGACAGUUCUGCACCGGUGAGCACAAGAAGGGCGGCUUUCCGCAGGGAUACAAGGACGUGGAGUUCCACCGCGUCAUCAAAGAUUUCAUGAUCCAGGGCGGGGACUUCCUCAAGGGAGACGGCACGGGCUGCGUCUCCAUCUACGGGAGCAAGUUCAACGACGAAAACUUCGUCGCGAAACACACGGGCCCCGGGCUGCUGAGCAUGGCCAACAGCGGGCCCAACAGCAACGGGUGCCAGUUUUUCCUGACCUGCACCAAGACGGAGUGGCUCGACGACAAGCACGUGGUGUUCGGGCGGGUCCUGGGGGACGGGUUACUGGUGCUGAGGAAGAUCGAGAACGUCGCGACUGGACCCAACAACAAGCCCAAACUCUCGUGUAAAAUCUCGCAGUGCGGCGAGAUGUAG